CAACGAUUUUAGGCGGUUGAGUCGCAGCCACCUCUGAAAAGGGACAGACACAGGAAGAGAGGAAGCGCUACAGUAACAGAUGGACUUAGAGGGAUUACAUGAUUCAGGAUGGGUUUGUGACAUAAAUUCCCAAGAAAGACAGAAAAGAGAGUAGAGUGCCGUGGAGACAGACACUCCGUAGCUCCGCCAGUUCUGCAUCUUCCUCCGACUAUUGGCCAGGAGGAUUAAAGGGGGGAGUGCAGCUGGAGAGGUAAGGGUCACUGAUGCUCAUCCUAGAGGAGCAUCAAUGAGGAAUACAGAGAUGGAGCAACUGAACUCCAUGUUCUUAAGGAGCUUUUUACUUAAAGGUUUGUGAAAAGGCAGAAAGGAGAGAGGAUUGUAGGCUCAGCAGGAGGGUUUGCUUUCUGUGUUUGUUACCUCAUGUCUGAGCUGAAGGAAAAGAAAGGGUCUGUGGUUGCACGAGAGGAGACGAAGGCAGGAGACAUGGGGGCAGCGGUGGUGUUGAUAAUGAGCCGCAGGGUCAGACCUGGGCGUGAUAAUCUGGAAGAGCGCCUGCAUCACUGUUUUCAAAAACACAGCUGGACUAUUUAUUUUAUUUAUUAAGCCCCAGACAGUAAAUAUGCCUCUGAGCUACAUAUUAGCACAUGGGCAGCGUGAUUUCAACCCGACUCUGAUUUAAUUUCGUGCCAGAUUAACGCUACCAAACCUGUGUAUGGCGUAGCCAGAGCUCCCGUUGAAGCUGCCUGGGCCCCGGACCGCCCCGUCCUCGUAUCCCACCGUCCCCACCUGCCGUGAACCUCUGUCCACCUGAGCCCCAGCUCGGUCAUUUCCCCUCUGUCUCUCUCUCCCCACGUGUCGCCCAGCCCUCUCGUCCUUCCCUUAUCGGCCUCUCUUUUUAAUCGCUCUGACUUUACAGUAUCUCAUUGUCAGUUGUGUUAUAUUAUCUUCUGUCUGUACUGUUACAUCACAUUUAUUUUUGCACUCUGUUUAAACCUGGCAGCUCAUCACCUCCUAAAACCAUCCCAACGCGUCCGUCCCCCGCUCUCCGCUCCAUCUGUAGCCGUAUUUAAACCCUGCGUCCUGCUCGGCCUAUUUCCACCUCUGCGCCCUCUUCGCCCCCCCGCCCCGUCGCUCCGACGCCCCCUCCCCCGCCUCAGCCUGCUCUUAUGUGGCCAUGCUGGAAGGCAUGUCCCGUCGCUCUCGCUCCCUGCUGUCCCUGACUUUGACCUCUCUGGCUCUGGCCCUCUCCAUCCUCGCUCUGUGCACCUCCUACUGGUGUGAGGGCACCCACAAGGUGGUCAAACCGCUCUGCCUGUCACCCGUCAAAAUGAAGAACUGUGGUCAGAACAACAGCGAGCCUUACACCACAGAGAGUCCGACUCAGAACCCCUUCAACCGGACGCUGUCUCCGGCCCGCAGGGACGAGCUGGCGAGGAUCAGGCAGCGGCAGCUGGCCAACGCCGUGCACUACAUCUGGGAGACGGGCGAGGACAAGUUUGCCUUCAGAUACUUCCACACGGGCUUCUGGGAAAGCUGUGAGAAACACAGUGACGGAGAGAAAUGUCGAAGCUUUAUAGAGUUAACGCCCGGGGAAACGCAAGGCGUGCUGUGGCUCUCCGUCAUCUCAGAGUUCACCUACAUCGGCCUGCUGGGCAUGGGCUUCCUGCUGAUGUGGCUGGAAGUGCUGUGCUCCCAUAAGGAAAUGCACGCGCUGAAGAUCAACGCGUAUGCGGCCAUCUGCACCGUGCUCUCAGGUCUCCUUGGGAUGGUAGCUCACAUGAUGUACACCACAGUGUUUCAGAUGACAGUUAUUGUUGGCCCCAAAGACUGGAGGCCUCAGUCCUGGGACUACGGCUGGUCAUUUGCUCUCGCCUGGGUGUCCUUCAGUUGCUGCAUGGGCGCCGCCGUGGUCACGCUCAACUCCUACACGAAGACCAUCAUCGAGCUCCGACGCAGGCAGAGGCUCCGGCUGGAGGAGGCGCGAGCCGCCACUCACGCGCCGCCCUACGACGAGGUGGUGCCGGGGGGCGGGCUCUACUCCGUCAGCGGGCUGCUGCAGUGCCCCGACGGCAUGCUCGACGUGACGUGGGCCCCGAACGGCGGCGUGGUGGGAAACGGAGACGUGCCCACGCUGGUGCUGGUCGGGGGCUGCGGGCCGGAGGGCUGCGAGGACUGUGAGAGAGAGAUGGACGAGAUGGAGGACACCGUGGACCGAGUGUCACCCUGUUAGACGGCCGCUGUGGAACACGUCGGGUGAAAAGGGCUAAAAGAGUAGAAUCACGCUGAGCUGGAGAUGGAGGGAUGUGAUACCAACAAGCUUGAAACCAAUGAAUACAUAUCAAAGGCAAUGACACUGGAUGUACAGGUCACGCUCGCAUGCAAGACUGCAUGAUUUCUGAGUUUUCUCAGUGCCUCGCGGUUGGGAAGUGAAUUACCUGCAUCUAAAUACUUGUUCCUCUCAUUUUGCUAGUAAGACGCCCAACAUGUGUCUGGAGCUCUACUCUCUUCCGUCUCAAACGUUACACAUAUAUGGCAUCUGGGUGUGCCGCAUGUACCGUGUACCCGAAAACAAACACGGCCUCUCGGCAGAUGCACGGUCAAACUCAUAAGAUAGACGCACAGAGAUAGAAAGAUUACAGAGAUUUUGAAAAGUCUGCGCUCUGAUGUUGAACAGAAGAUUAUGUGUAAACCAGUAAUCCUGAGUUGGAUGGAAAGACGGAGGAACGGAGCGAGCAGAGAUGGGAGCAUCUGAAGGGAUGAAGAUGGAGAGAGGGGGUGGGGUGUGCGCGUGUGUGUGUGUGUGUGUGUGUGUGUGUGUGUGUGUGUGUGUGUGUGUGUGUGUGUGUGUGUGUGUGUGUGUGUGUGUUUCAGCCAUCCAAGCGCGUGCUCAUUAAAAAAUCUAUCAAACAAACAUGACAAACUGUGACUUACUAACAUAAAAUCCUUCAUUAGUUUAAAGGGUUAAAUAAAGAACCUAAAUUUACCUUCGAGGUCUGCAGGCUAUUGAUUUGGGAUAAUCCUGGAUUUACUGUCUGAGGUGCUGUAAAUACAAUUGUGAACGUCGGGCCUAAAGCGCCCGGACGUACAUACGAUACAUUUCUAGAUCACAGAAAAAUUCAUUCUCCACUAGGAAAGAUUAAUAUCCAUAGCCCAGAUGUGUGAGGAAACCUUUAAUCUACUACAGAGUGACCAAAUCACAACACUUUGAAGAUUGAAUCUCUAACAGGACAUUUCACCUUAUGUACAAAAGCCUGAGUCUAAACUGGUCGAUCACCUAGAUUCAUUUCAAACAUUUAAAGAGUUAACAAUACAUCAAUGUUCAUCCAACACAUUCGCAAUGUUGUUUAAUUAGUAGUUCAUAGUUCCCAUAAUUAGAAUUUGGACGGUGUCUGCUUCUGUCUGUACAUAUUCUGAAACACUUUGCCAAAAUACCGCUAUUAGCUCCUAGUUUAUAGAAAUUCAUUGAGAAACAUUAGUAAAACAAUGUGAUAUAAAGUUACUAGAAAGUGAGGACACUGCAGAAAAUUAUAUUUACACUGAGGUAUUGAGUUGAAUGAACGGUAGGAACAGAACAGGUUUGAGAGGACAGUGAGAACCUAAGAAGAAGAAGAGCAGGUGGAGGGUGGAACGGCAGCCUCAGUCUUUCAUCGGCUCAUAGUGGAUCAGACGCAUCGCAUUGUCGUUCUCGAUCACUCCCGUGAUGAACUCUCCCUCCGCCAGCCGCUCUGCGGAAAGAGAAAGAUCAGCACGGCGUCACGGAGGACAGGCACCAGCAAACAGGAUGUGAGGAGAGAACACGAGUCUGUGUGUGUGCGUGCGUGUGUGUGUGUGUGUGUGUGUGUGUGUGUGUGUGUGUGUGUGUGUGUGUGUGUGUGUGUGUGUGUGUGUGUGUGUGUGUGCGUGUGUGUGCGCGUGUGACACGCCAGGCGGCUCAACGGAGUCACUUAAGGUUUCGCUGAUAAUAAAGCCAGCACGAAACAAGCGAUGCUGUAACUGAGGACGUGUGUGCGUUCAGGUGGAUUUGUUGAUGAUAUGGAGCCAAACAGCUGAUUGUCAGAUCUAAUCUUCACUACAGGACGUGGACUAAGCUUUCACUGACUCUGCUCCUGUGACAUCGGGGCAUGAGGAGAGGCCACAUUACCGUUGUCUCUCUUAUUGAAGUACCCCCACAGCUUGUUGGCCCUCUUCUCGGGUGUGUUCUCGUCCUCCGGUAGCCGGUUCUGCUCCUCCUUGGGGAUCAGCUUAAAAAUGGCCUGUGGAGGGGAGGAGGGUUUGGUUCAAGAUGGGCGAUAACACUGCAUCAUUUCAUGUCUCCCACAUAAACACAAACAAACGCGUACGAGCCAAGGAGCAUGUAAUCUGUCAGAGGAGUGAGUAAGCUCACAGUCCUCUUAAGGUAAUUAGUGUCGUGUGUGUUUAUUGAGCCUCUGAUGUGAAACUGCUCGACAUUUUGUCAUUAUUUACUUAAGUCAUGGCUGAAUACAAGCAAAUUAAGUAGCCUCCAGUCAAAUUGUGCACAAAAAAAGGUUUGUCGUGUCUUUGAGACAAGUAAUCUGAUCCUAUCCUAUGAUGUGAAGUCGAGUACUUGUGUAGUGUUGCUGUUCUGUGGACGUGGACGCACCUCCCAGUAAAUAAUCACUCAUCUGAGCUCGUGUGUCAUUUUUCACAGAUAGUUAAUCUGCAUCGGGUCACGCAGAAUUCCACAGAUUGUAAAUGACUGUGCACUUUAGGUCCAGGUCUUUAAAUGUGUGUCCCACUUAGAGAGGAAGCACUCAUCUCCCACAUUUAAGACACCUAGAUUAACAUGGAUUAGUGCCAAGACUCGGGCCACGGGCCAAACACCACCAUGUCGUCUCUUUUCUCCCUGGACUUGCCCCUUGGUCCGCGUGGUCUGUGCAGCUCAGGCUCACAGGAAGUCACAGAAAAUGAAAUUGAGUCGCAUGUCAAAUGAUUUGGACUUUGAGCGAGUUAAAGCGAUGGUUCUCAACUGGUCUGGCUUCGGGACCCACCAUCAGUGAAGGAAACUUCUCACAUGCAUUUAAUCAUAUGGUUGACAUAACAAUCAGACUUAGUUGGUGAUUUCACAUAAAAUAUUCCGUUAAUUAUUAAAAAGCAUGGCAAAGGCCAGAGAUCCAGUGAAAGUGGGGUUCGCGACCCAUUUUUGGGUCUCGACCCACCAGUUGAGAAUCACUGGUUUAGGGGGUUUAUUCAUUAGUGAUGCAAUAGCAAUCUAGCAUAACACACUAGUAAUACAUGUAACUAAUUUGACUUUUGACUUCCUCACUGAUAUUUCCAUCUUUAAAAUGAUAUCAGAUGGAAUCUUCUCAGGCCGUAUCAAAGAUCAUAGCUUCUCUACCUUUGCACAGUUUUACACCGCACAUCUCCAGUUUUGUUUGCAGGCUGUUGAACCUGCGCAGCUUCAAACGAGAGCUCUGCUACUCAGAUCUUGUAAACCUGAUGCAUAUGGACUCAGGCCAGCUGGCCAGGAAUUAAAUCCCAUUACAAUGCUAGCUGGAUUCUUGGCUGAUCUGUCUUAAACCUCUUACUCUUCUAUAUGACUUGUUUUAAAAACAGAAGCUAACAAAACGUAAAAACCUCCAUCCCGAAGACAUUUAAUUACUCAUUCAACCACCGGGUGCAGAGUGACAGCCCACAGUGUGACUCCUGAGUGACGAGUGCACUCUGUUAGGGACGUUUUCAACACGCUACAUCAUUACCUGAGCGCUAAACCUGUAAGAGAGAUUAUCAGGAGUUGUUGUUUCGAAUAGCAGCUAAGUGGGCUGGCAAUUAGGCCUGAGUCCUACAUACCAUGCGAAGGAUGGAUGUGUUCCAGCAGAAAGCAACAAAUAUCAUAGAGAGCUUACAGGAGGGGAAGAAGACAGCUUUUAAUACAGUGAGCAGAGUUUACACCUUCCUAGGAGCAUGUUGUCAUAAGACAUAGGCUUAAUAUUUUAGCCUCAUAUUUAUGAAUAUGCGGCCACAACUAUGUUAGUAUCCUUUAAUGUGUUGGACUCCGGUAGAACUCCAGCACUCUUUCAUAUCUAUGUCUUAUAGCUGUAAGAGAACAAUAAAACAUUUUAAUGAAACAAA